AUGAAAUCAAUUUUAAAAUUAACAAAUAGUAUCCCUAGAAAUGGUAUUUCUCAGACUAUGCAAGAGUCUUUAUAUGGUAGUAGAUUAUCGGUGACACCACACUUUUAUAAUGUACAAAAUUGCAGAUUGUUCUCUUCGAAACCAUCGUCGUCAGAUGGCUCUGAUGAUAAAGUUAAACCAAAGAGAGGUAGACCAUCAACUAAAUUUGAAAGAAGAUCAUCAUCUACAUUAUCCUCUACAAAUAACACAGAUAACAUUACAAACAUCAAUAACAACAACAACAUUGUCAUUGAAGAUCAACAACAACAACAACAAAAUCAAGAUUUAUUAAAAACAGAUAUUUCUACUUCUACUUUAACACAACCACCAACAACAACAACAUCAACUACAACCAAAUCAACAUCAAAUAAAGCAAUAAAUGAUAAUGGAAAUACAAGUCAACAACAACAACAACCAAAAGAUAGUUUGAAAAAUACAGAUGGUAUUGCUUUGAAUUUCAAGAUGCCAGAUCAGAGACCAAGAAUGGUCAGUGUAUCAGAUGAUAUCAUGGGUGAAGACUCACUGCAACCAAAAGAGAUUGUUACCGAGCUCGAUCGAUACAUCAUCGGUCAGGCAGAGGCAAAGCGUGCAGUCUCUAUUGCACUCAGAAACAGAUGGAGAAGAAAGAGAUUGGAUUCAUCAAUCAAACACGAUGUCUAUCCAAAGAAUAUACUUAUGAUCGGUCCAACCGGUGUCGGUAAGACUGAAAUUGCAAGACGUCUCGCCAAGAUUGUAAAUGCACCGUUCGUCAAGGUAGAGGCAACCAAAUACACAGAGGUCGGAUUCCACGGUCCCGACGUCGACUCUAUCAUUCGUGACCUCGUUGAAGUCUCGAUCAACAACAUCAAAUCAAAGAUUGGUUCAACACACAAACAACAAAUCGAUCAAGAAAUCGAAAAGGAAAUCAUCUCUUCAUUGGUUGGUCCUACUUUUCAAGAUAGAUCUUAUGAUGAUUUAGUAAAAGAGAAAUGUUUGGAGAAUAUUCAAAUAGAAUUAGAUUUACCAUCUAAUAAUGACUCGAAAUCAGUGGAUGAAGAGAUCAUUCCAUUUGCAAAGUUAUUCAAUAUUCAAGUAGAAGUCAACAAACCAACAAAGAAGAAAACAUUAACUGUUGCUGAAGCAAGAAAUACUUUAGAGAAAAUCUAUAAAGAUAAAGUUAUUGUAGCACAAGAUGUAACUAAAUUAGCAGUUCAAUCAGCAGAGCAGAAUGGUAUUGUAUUUUUGGAUGAAAUCGAUAAGAUUUGUACAGUCAAAGAAAGUAGUCAUAGAGGUGGCGAUGCAAGUACCGACGGUGUACAGCGUGAUCUGCUUCCAAUUAUUGAAGGUUGUAAUGUAAAUACAAAGUAUGGAAAUGUCGAUACUUCAAGAAUCCUAUUCAUUGCCUCUGGUGCUUUUCACUCUAAUAAACCUUCCGAUCUUAUAAGUGAGUUACAAGGUCGUCUCCCCAUAAGAGUAGAACUCAAACCGUUGGAACAACACGAUUUCUUUAGAAUCCUGACAGAGCCAAAGAACAACCAGAUUCAGCAACAGGUAGCACUACUCAAGACUGAAGAUAUCGAUUUGGAGUUCACUCAGGAUGCUUUGCAAGAGAUUGCACGUAUUGCAUUUGAAGCCAACGCUCAAGUGCAAAACAUUGGUGCAAGAAGACUUCAUGGUGUCAUCGAGAAGAUCGUUGAGGAUAUAAGCUUCAAUUGCGACACUCAUAAAGGUCAAAAAGUCACUAUCACCGUCGAUGAUGUUAAGAAACACCUAAGCGAUCUAAUGCUAAAGACUGAUCUAUCAAAAUAUAUUAUUUAA